AAGCCACAGUUGAAAUAUUACUUUUAUUGGUCCUGAAGUUGACACAGCUUGACAGUUUCCUUUGGUAGUAAAUUUAAAAUGGCUGAAAAUGGUGCAGAUUGUGCUGUUCGUCUCACCAAUAUUUCCAGGGAUGUGUUACUGUCUUAUAUACGUUUGCCGCCCAGCGAUAUUAAUUAAAAUGAUCUAGUUUUUUGAAACUUCUCGUGAUAAAGAAUGACUACGAAAUAUGGACAAAUUUAUAAUCAGGAAAAAACAAGAACCUGUUACUUGUCCAUGUCCACAUUCACCACAAGCAAGCACUAGCAACGUUGAUGCAAAAGAACAAGAUGAAGCACAUGACUCUGACUCAGCUUCUGAAUAUAAAGGCGCAUGGGAGAAACAUGAAGAUUUGGGAAAAUGGAUCAAGCCGAGCUCUCAUGGUCAGAUGCCCGGUGAUGACUCCAACCAGUCGAAAUGAACGACACUUUGAUCUCUCGCAAUAGAGGAAGUGGCUGCUAGACUUCUUUCAUCGGAAAAGCUAUAUACAGGGAAGGAGGUCGUUGAUAUGUAAUAGGAACAGCGCCGAAGCUAAGACCGAUCGUGCCACCCUUCUGCAAAGCUUCUCUGGGAGGCCACAGGAUGGAAGUUUGCAUAAGAGGGCAGCGUGCCACAGCUGAUCGAACGCUUUCGUGAUAUGAAGAGCAACGACAUGAGCCUCAUCAUAAGACUGGAUGAGUUUACUCCACAAUUGCGAGACGCAAGUUAGGAGGUCCCCUGGGGAUGGCUGGAGCCGGGAACCAUACUGCUUGUCGCUAAUCAAGCCA